GCCACGAGACUAGCUGCCCCAAAAUACCUCGCGGUUACGGCCAUGCUCAGCAUUUUCGGCCGCUUCGGACGUUUCGCUGUGCCUUCGGUCCCGGCUCCUUCUUUUCCACUAUUGCUGCUGCCCGCACGGGGCCGUAAGAGCCGCCAUGACCCGCCCGCCAAGUCCAAGGCCGGGCGCGUGCGAACCCCGACCCCCGUAGACCCCGCCGAGAUGCACGUGCUAAUGGAGCGUUAUGAGCGUUAUAGAGAGAUUGUGCGAGCAAUCAGGUUGGAUUUCUCAGAAGAAGUUCGGCAAAAAACCUUCCAGGAGAAGUUUGGGGGACUGAAAGCUCUGCAGGAUUCUGAAGAACACAAGCAGCUCAUGGCCUGGAACCAAGCCGAGAACGCUCGGCUGCAGGCGCUGAGGCUCUCGAGGCUUCAGCGGCAGGAGCAGGAGCAGGAGCGGCUCCGGGCACUGGAGGAGAUGCAGAAGGCACAGGAAAUGGAAGCUUUUGUCCGAGAGAAGGAGAGAGAAGUGUUGCAGUUGCAGGAAGAUGCAAAAACAUUCAUUACUCGGGAUAACUUAGAGGAGAAGAUUGAAGCCGCCCUGGACAACCCUCAGACCUACAACUGGGCCCUUACCAAGGAGGGCCACGUGAUUCGCCCUGGCAGUGCUGGCAGCGAGACACAGGGCUGCAGGGAGUAGCUGCUGCCGGGGCCCGGGGGGCACGGUGCUUGUCUGGCUCUUCCACCCCCCAUUCCAGGCUCUGUCUGCCCUCAUUGCUCCUUGUCCAUAAAUCAGGAUAAGCAGGUGGAGAAUAAAGGGACGAUGCCUCUUUUGGAA